UUGCAUGGAGUGAGAAUUUCAAGUAGAUAGGGAUCAAAAUCUUUUGAUAAACUCGCUAGUCAAGGUAACUUGAUGAAAGCGAGUACAUAAAAGCGAGUACAUUAGCUUUGAAAGCCUUUCGUUAAACAACUUCUCAGAUUUAUCGCACUUACAAAAUACUUAUCUCACUUAAGAUGCUAUCAAAAACGCUUUACUAGUUCAGUUGUUUGAUUUCGGUUUUGUCUAGUACGCGGCAUUGCGAGAGAAACAAAGCUAUCAGCGGGCAAUUACUGCAAGCCAAGGCGUGAUAACACGAAAGAACAGUGCUUUUUGGAGGAUAUGACAAUUUGAUAAUUAAUUGUGCAACAGGAUGUUAGGAUGAAAGCUUCGAUGCGGAUAAUUUGCGCUUAACGAGUGCGCAGCGUCAGUUUGCUUGGACCGUUUUGUAAUCCUGGGAGGGAUUAGUUCCUUUUCCUAGAAACAUGACCACACGGGUGCUCGCUAAAGGCGUUACACACUAGCUUGAAACUAUAUCGUAAACAUGACAUUAUUCCCAAGAAGUAAAAAAAAAUGUUAGCGAAUACACGGGUAAACAGAGUAUUGAAAAAGUGAAUGCGAUUGCUUACUUGACAUAAUGUAGACCAAUAAUGCCCAAUGGAUUAUACGAAUUCAAUUUCACACCUAUCGUGCUGUGUGCCACCAUAAUGCCAAAAUUGACGCCCAGAAAUGCGAGACACUGCCCAUUUGUCUACCUAUUUACACACCUAUAAACAUUUGUUUAUUUAUCUAUUUAUUAUUAAUUUACUGUAAACCCGCCACACCUGUAUUACUUACUACUCGGAUCGUAUAGUUUGCAACAGACGUAUUCCAAAUUCAACCAGCCAAAUCUGGAAACCCAAACAUAGCUUUAAGUUCGCAAUGACUUAAUUACACACGAACAUUGUCCGUUGUCCAUUUAGAACGACUAAUGCUUUUUCUUUCUGGCUAUGGGUAUUGUUCUCCUGGAUCGAACGUGUAAUACCGAGCCCGGAUAUCUCACAUGUAAUUAUUUUGCUUUUACUGCGACGAUAUUAUUUCACAAAAAGAACAAACAUGAAAUGAUUGUUAACUACUCACAUGUUAGAAAAAUAUGCAACGGUAAUUCGGUGUGUGUUGAGGGGGAAUCUUAAAAAGCAAGGGAUGUUUUGUUUAAUGACAAGUUGUUGACUGUGGCUAAGGUACAGAAAAUGGCGACGGGUGUGUCUAGAGUGAAAUCCACCACCAUUAAAAAAUAUGAGUGAAAUGUGAAUGAGCCAGACUUGAUGCUCUAUGGUGAGAGCUUCUAGGAUGUCGCGCACAGAAAUGCUACCUGUCGAGUGAUGCGUCUACAAUCUACAGAGGAUGAUGCGGGCAGGACCGUAGAGGUCGAUCAGGCGAGGGACACCUAUGAAGACGCUUACUACCCAACGAGCUCAGUGGAUAGAACCAGCAGUACGCCGACCGGCGAAGCCUUGCACGGUAUAACAAGCAAAAGCGGUGAUCCAGCCGCACUCGCAGCAGGUGCAGGAUCGAGCGAAGCCACACGUACGCGGCGGUACAGAACCGCCUUCACGCGCGAACAGCUCAAGAGGUUAGAGAAGGAGUUCAUGAGGGAGAAUUAUGUGUCGCGCACAAGGCGCUGCGAGCUGGCCAACGCGCUCAACCUCUCAGAAACUACCAUCAAGAUCUGGUUUCAGAACAGGCGAAUGAAAUCCAAGCGGCGACGCAUGGCCAUGGGCCUCAAAGCGGCAUCUUCUCUCUGUCCCUCGGGCUAUAGCGGCCCUGGCAAUGGACCCUACUAUGGUGGCCUGCACUACAUGCCAUGGGCGUAUCCAAUGAACACACCCAUGUGGUCGCAUGGCGCGCACUUCGUUCACUGCGACCCCUGCCACCAUUCGCACGAAGGCGCUGCCACCGCCACUCCCUAUCGAAUGCAUGAGGCGCAGACUACUAACACCUGCACGACCACUGCAUUUCCUUGGGGUAGCUCAGACACGCAUCGCCAGGAUGUAUAGCUCCGACUUUAGCUUAUUCCUUGAUAUUUAGGUGCAUGAUGUUUCUUGGCAUUUGGGCGCAUAGAAUUUAGCACAUGCUAAAUAUACCCAAUAUCACAUUUACCAGUUACAGCGAACGGGAAAACUUGUAAAUAAAGGUUGAAUUUAUAAACUGUAAAAAAUGUACUUUUCUAAUGAUCAAGACGGGUUUAGAGAUUUAGUGAUUUAGAUUUUGUGCUGUUACCAAUUACAUAUUCAUAAAUCAACCUAAUGCGCCUAUAACAGUAAACAGGAAAAGAGUUUCCCAUGGGGCAUCGCAAAUGGAGCUAUUAGACAUUUGAUCACCCCGUUUUAAAACCUAUCAGGAUUUCUCAAUAAUUGAUUCGAUAAACUUAAUUAAAUGAAGGUUCAUAACGCAAUGGAUAUAAAUGAUUACGAAGAAAGAAAAAAAACAUUAAACAAUUUUAUUUC